GCUUGGCGGACGAGCGAUGCGAGAAAAAGACUGCGAGAGCGGCGAGGCUGCGUUAAAAGUGCCCCUGCGCUUGAACUCGCUUGACGAUGGAAUGCGACCACGAGAUUGGCAACCAAAGCCCGCCAAAUGCAAGGUGCCCCUGCGUCUGGUGCGACUAUGUUUAUUGGGUGUGCUAUUGCCAGCUAUGUUCGUGGCAAUCCCAGUUUACUUGAGAUACCGAGUUUUUUCAGAACAGCUGUAUCCACUGGCACUUUCCGAUCAGCGUUUGAUUGAUGCCAAAAUAUCGAGUACUUGGUGUCAGAGUCAAGUAGUGAAGGUAAACGCAACGUUCAAUGCCUAUUUGAUGAACGGCGUACCAAAGGUGCAGAGCAAAGUGAGCCCCUUGAAGAUGACCAGACACCUCGUGCUCGAGGACGACAUGAAGGAGUACUGGGGAUUUUAUCUCCUCCGUGGCAGCAGCGUCUCCGUAUCCACUUGUGUAAGAUGGCCUGGGGCGUCACUGACUGUUAUUCGAGGACACAAGCACUUGCACGAAUGCGCUUUCAUAGGUGACGACAGUAGCGAGGAGCUCGAGGAACUCGUCGAAGUGGCCCAGGAGCGUGGAGUUUUAGGAGAAUUGGCCAAUAAGAAAUCGCCACCGAGUCCGAGCAACGAGCCCUCAAAAAUGAAACGCGUCCACCAGGACGUCGAGUUCCUCAACAAGCAGGCCCACAAAAACGCGGAGAACAUAAACAACCACCAGCCGCAGCACUACACGAGCCACGAACUCGACGCCAAGGACAUGCGCGAGAUCCUCACGCAAAUAUUCAUGAAAACCCUCGACAUGAAGAAACGCCAGAAGGAGACGAAGGCCCCGACGCAGCGGCAGCACUACCACCACGAGGGCGUGUUCAAGGAGAGCGCCAACAUCGACAAGCCACCCGUUGUCGACGAAACCGAAUUCAUCAAGCUCGAGCUCGUGCGCCUCAAGGCCAUGGCCAUGUCGAGUACUCCAGCGUCCCCCUCCGAAACAACUACGGUGGAUCCAAGCGCGCGGAGGACCAACUCGAGCGAGCCUUCGUCCGUGGAAGUGUACCGGGACGCCUUGGAGAAGAUAAGCGCGCUCGGUGAGAGGGGACAGAAGGUCCUGAGCAAGCUGGUGGAGGAGAUCGGCCAGAGGAGUCCCGAAAUCGUCGCCGAGGUGGCGGCCAAAGAGGCCAGCCGACGCAAACGGGACCUGACCCUGACACCGCCCAUGGACAUGCUGGCCGAGGACGACGAGGCUGCGGAUGCUGCCAUCGAAGAGGGCGUACUGCAGCCGGACGGUAUAGCCGACGACCGGGGGACCGUCAACGAGACGACCCUCAACGACAGGAGCAACUCUGAAUUCUGGAGCUCGUUCAGCAGCUCCGAGGAGAGGCUGCUCGAGUGCAAGGGCCUUAUACUGAACCUUCCCUUGACGCCACAUCGGUUCUGCGACUCGAAGAUGGAGCAUCAACACUCCACCGCCGCGGUGGCCAAUACCAUCACGUACAGAGUUCCCACGGAUGGUUACUACUUUUUCGUGUUCAGCUCGGAGAACGAGAUGCAGUCGAACUACCUGCGCGUAAAGUUCGACCUGCAGAAGAGGCUGUACAACACCUCGGAGUCGGUGUUCCAGUGCAAAAACAGCACGGGGGAGUGCUCCCUGCCGAUCAGUUUCUUCAGCGGGGAGAGGACGGUCCUUGAGUUGCCGGUCCUAGCCGGGGACGAGUCGCUCUGGAACCAGGAGUACGUCGUCAUGUCGACCUGCGUGCCCAGGACCGCGGUCUACGUUGUCUGCACGAUGGCGGUGCCUCUGCUCAUCCUCAUGUUCGCGUUUUAUUGAACCUCACAGGAAUAUCUCGCUGGCCGAGCGCGGGGCGAGCUCUGCAAAUCGAGGGAGGUGUCGUUGUUACUUAUUUGUUUUGUUUUGUUACUCCAGAUACUGGCUUUCUUACCAACGACAAACUUGCGCGUCUUCUUUUAUUUUUAUUAUUUGCCAUUCCGAGUAUUUUAACUUUUUAGCUUUAGACCGCGUUGUACAUCAAGAUUUGCUCGUCUGUCUGUUCUUUUUUUUUCAUCUCUUUAUCACAAGCGUAGAGAGGGAUGACAAAAAAAAAAAAAAAAAAAUCUACGCGAGAAGCAAAGUUGUUUUUAGUGUAAGGUAUAGUACGGGGAUCGUUGCCGCUGGGAACGAUCAUCAGAGUCACUAGGUUUAUUAGUUUUCCUUCCGAAAAGACUGUAGUGAUGGUUUACGCGUUGGAUGAUAAAAAAAAAAAAAAGGCAAGUGUAAACCGUGUGAAGUAUUACGAUUUUUUCAUUUUAUUUUAUUUUUAUUUAACCACCCAAACUCGAGUAUGAUAUUUGUGCGAUAUUUAGAAAAAUUCGGGUAUUUCAUAGCCUUAUAAAAUAAAUGGUAAAUAAAGCGAAAAUAGAAUUUUAAAGUGUACCUUGAGUUUAACAAAAACUCAAACGCAAUGUGAUAUUUUGAUAUUUAGUAUACCGUAUGUAAUAUUCAACUUUUUUUGUUUUGUUAUUGUAAUCCUUUAUGGAUGCAAAAGAAAGGAACUUGGGUAAAAAAAAAAGUAUUCUUUAUGCACGUGCAUUUGAAAAAAAAAAAAAAAAAAAAAAUCCCAAAUCCAAAUGCACGAUAAAACCGUGAGAAUUCAAUGACUUUGUAAUACUUAUACAGAGCUCGCUUUUUUUUCUACUUUUGCCUCGAAACGAUUGCGCCGUAAUUGUAACAACAUAGUUUAUACGUACAUGUUAAAAAAUUAAUUUAUAGACGAAUAAAAAUUUUUGUAC